AAGCAAAGUGAGCUUCGCUUCGCCGUGAAUUAACACUCUCCGGCACCGGAAAACAAAACUUCUCACUUUCUUCCCCGCUUCCGAUGCUCGACACGGCGGCGCAACGGUGGUGAUCAAUCUCGGAGAGAUGAGCCAAUCGAAACUCACGAGAACUCAAUCGUCGCUUCUCAGAUCAUCUCCGACGAUUCGAUCGUCGAUUCACAGCCUCCGUGAUCUCACCGAAGCCUCUCACCACGACGAUCUCGAAGCCGGAGGAGAGAAAGAGGAGAAACAGAGGAGAAGCAAAAAACAGAGUAAUUCAAUUAACCGAACCGGAUUAAACCGAAUCAAACCGGUUCUAACCAUCACACUCACUCUAACGUCUUUCUUACUCUUCUCUCUCUUCUUCUCUAAAACCGGUACAUCGGAGAAUCUCCUCCUCGGUUUAAUCUUCCUCGCCGUCGCUCUCUUCUUCGCGUCGCGAAACAUGGCGGUUAUAAACCAAACCGUACUCGCGAUCAAACAAACCGGAAAAAAAUUAACUCUACGAACCAAACCGAAACCGGUUCAAUGGUACAUCGGCGAUUCUAAACCGGAACAGUUCAAAGAGAACCGAAACUUCGUUAGGGAAGGAGUUCAGUUGUUCAGUAACGGAGAUAUAUACGAAGGGGAGUUUAACGGAGGAAGAAGUCACGGAAGUGGAGUUUAUUAUUAUUACGUUAACGGACGUUACGAAGGUGAUUGGGUUAACGGAAGAUACGACGGUUAUGGGAUUGAGUCUUGGUCUAAAGGAAGUAAGUAUAAAGGACAGUACAAGCAAGGAACUAGACAUGGUUAUGGAGUUUACUGGUUUUACACGGGAGAUUCUUACUCGGGUGAAUGGUUUAAUGGUCAGAGUCAUGGCUUUGGUGUUCAGACAUGUGCUGAUGGUAGCUCUUAUGUCGGAGAGUUUAAGUUUGGUGUUAAACAUGGGCUUGGAUCUUACCAGUUCAGGAAUGGAGAUAAGUACGCAGGGGAGUAUUAUGGAGAUAAGAUUCAUGGGUUUGGUGUUUAUCAUUUUGCUAAUGGUCAUUAUUAUGAAGGAGCUUGGCAUGAAGGUCGUAAACAAGGGUUUGGUACGUAUGGGUUUAGAACUGGAGAUGCAAAGUGUGGUGAAUGGGAUGAUGGUCAUCUUGUUAACCGGCUUUCUCUAGAAACCGGACCGGUUCAUAAAGCUGUUCAGAGUGCACGAGAGAUGGGGAGAAGAGGAGUGAAUCAGAGACGGGUGGAUGAGGAGGUGGUGAGAGCUGUAGCUGCGGCAAACAAAGCUGCAACGGCUGCGAGAGUUGCAGCUGUGAAAGCGGUUCAAAAUCAGAUGGAUGGUAAACUUUGUGAACAAUGAAUAUGACAAAGUCACAUUAACAAAGGGUGUCUUUUUUUUAUUGUAGCCCUGUGAUCUUGAAACUAUGAGAAGUUUUUUUUUUUUAACUAAGAAUGUAAAUGUAUAUAGAAG